UGGCCGGCUGCUUUGGCGGGUGAGAGUGUCGCGCGCACCCAAAUCAUCUUAGUUAACCAAACCCAUCGCGCUGUAUUUUAACCGAGUUACUUCAUGACGGCCCCGCCGUGUCCGUUAUUAUAAAUGAUAUCUUAGAGAAAUCACUUAUUUCAUUCAUUAUCUUUUCUAGAAUUGACCUUCUGUUUGAAGGGGUCUCUUUUCCGCGCUCUUCUUCCUACAUCGUCGUUCUCCGUCUCUCCUGGCUGACUGAGAAAGCAAACGCCGUCUGAACGACUGCAGAGACACCGACUGACUGCGCCAAAAUGGGGUAUGGACGGUCGGACAGCUACCGUGUGGCAACCACACAGGACAAUGAUGAGAAGGAAUCUCCCAAAAAGAAAGGAGGGAAGGAUCUGGAUGACCUGAAGAAGGAAGUGCCACUGACAGAACAUAAGAUGUCAAUUGAGGAAGUGUGCCGAAAGUACAACACUGACAUUGUACAGGGUCUGACUAACGCUAGGGCAGCCGAGUAUCUGGCCCGGGAUGGUCCAAACGCACUGACCCCUCCCCCCACCACCCCAGAGUGGGUGAAGUUCUGCCGGCAGCUCUUUGGGGGUUUCUCCAUUCUACUGUGGAUUGGAGCCAUCCUGUGCUUCCUGGCCUAUGCCAUCCAGGCUGCCACCGAAGAUGAGCCAGCUGGAGACAAUUUGUACCUGGGUAUCGUGCUGUCUGCAGUGGUCAUCAUUACCGGCUGCUUCUCCUACUUCCAGGAAGCUAAAAGCUCAAAGAUCAUGGAGUCCUUUAAGAACAUGGUGCCCCAGCAAGCAUUGGUGAUCCGUGAGGGUGAGAAGCUACAGAUUAAUGCUGAGGAGGUGGUGGCUGGAGAUUUGGUGGAGGUGAAAGGAGGAGAUAGGAUCCCUGCUGACCUUAGGAUCAUCUCUGCUCAUGGCUGCAAGGUGGACAACUCCUCUCUGACUGGUGAGUCAGAGCCUCAGACCAGGUCACCUGACUGCACCCACGACAACCCCUUGGAAACCCGUAACAUCGCCUUUUUCUCGACCAACUGUGUUGAAGGUACGGCUCGCGGUAUUGUUGUGUGCACCGGAGACCGCACUGUCAUGGGCCGCAUCGCUACUUUGACCUCUGGCCUUGAGACUGGCAAAACACCUAUCGCCAAGGAGAUUGAGCACUUCAUCCACAUCAUCACCGGCGUGGCCGUCUUUCUGGGCGUCACCUUCUUCAUCCUGUCCAUCAUCCUGGGCUACACCUGGCUGGAGGCUGUCAUCUUCCUGAUUGGCAUUAUUGUGGCAAAUGUGCCUGAAGGCCUGCUGGCUACUGUCACUGUGUGUCUGACCCUUACAGCUAAGCGCAUGGCUCGUAAGAACUGUCUGGUGAAGAACCUUGAGGCUGUAGAGACUCUGGGUUCUACCUCCACCAUCUGCUCCGACAAGACUGGCACUCUAACGCAGAACCGUAUGACUGUCGCCCACAUGUGGUUUGACAAUCAGAUCCAUGAGGCAGACACCACUGAGGACCAGUCUGGGACAUCUUUUGAUAAGACAUCAGUGACGUGGGUAUCACUAGCCCGUGUGGCAGCGCUCUGUAAUAGAGCGGUGUUUAAGGCAGGGCAGGAAUCUCUGCCAAUCCUGAAGCGAGAUGUGGCUGGUGAUGCCUCUGAGUCAGCCCUGCUGAAGUGUAUCGAGCUCUCCUGUGGCUCAGUCAAAGCCAUGAGGGACAAGAAUAAGAAGGUGGCAGAGAUUCCCUUCAACUCCACCAAUAAGUAUCAGCUUUCAGUUCAUGAGACUGAAGACCCCAAUGAUAACCGCUACCUGCUGGUGAUGAAGGGGGCCCCAGAACGUAUUCUGGACCGCUGCUCCACCAUCAUGGUGCAGGGCAAGGAGCAGCCCAUGGAUGAGGAGAUGAAGGAGGCUUUCCAGAAUGCUUACCUGGAGCUGGGAGGACUGGGAGAGAGAGUGUUGGGUUUCUGCCAUUUGUUUUUGCCUGAGGACCAGUACCCCAAAGGCUUUGCCUUUGAUACAGAUGAUGUCAACUUCCAGACAGAUAACCUCUGCUUUAUUGGGCUGAUGUCCAUGAUAGACCCACCCCGUGCUGCAGUACCUGAUGCUGUGGGCAAAUGCCGCUCAGCUGGCAUUAAGGUCAUCAUGGUGACAGGCGACCACCCAAUCACUGCCAAAGCCAUCGCCAAGGGGGUGGGCAUCAUCUCUGAGGGCAACGAGACAGUAGAGGAUAUUGCUGCUCGUCUUAAUAUCCCUGUUAGCCAGGUUAACCCCAGGGAUGCCAAAGCUUGUGUGAUACAUGGCUCAGAUCUUAAGGAUAUGACCCAGGAGCAGAUGGACGAUGUGCUGAAGAACCACACAGAGAUUGUCUUUGCCCGAACCUCACCACAGCAGAAGCUUAUCAUUGUAGAGGGCUGCCAGAGACAGGGUGCCAUUGUGGCUGUGACUGGUGAUGGUGUGAACGAUUCGCCAGCUCUAAAGAAGGCGGACAUCGGUGUUGCCAUGGGAAUCUCUGGUUCAGAUGUUUCCAAGCAGGCAGCUGACAUGAUCCUUCUGGAUGACAACUUUGCCUCUAUCGUCACUGGAGUGGAAGAAGGGCGUCUGAUUUUUGAUAACCUGAAGAAAUCUAUUGCCUACACCCUGACCAGCAACAUCCCUGAAAUCACUCCCUUCCUGUUCUUCAUCAUGGUCAACAUUCCUCUUCCCCUUGGAACCAUUACCAUUCUCUGCAUCGACCUGGGUACUGACAUGGUGCCUGCUAUCUCCUUGGCUUAUGAAGCAGCAGAGAGUGACAUCAUGAAGCGUCAGCCUCGUAAUCCUCUGAGGGACAAACUGGUCAAUGAGCGUCUCAUCAGCAUUGCUUAUGGACAGAUCGGUAUGAUUCAGGCUCUAGGAGGCUUCUUUGCCUACUUUGUGAUCAUGGCUGAGAAUGGGUUUCUGCCCUCACUCUUGGUGGGGAUCCGGCUCAACUGGGACGACCGCUCAAACAAUGAUCUGGAGGACAGCUAUGGCCAGCAGUGGACCUACGAGCAGAGGAAGAUUGUGGAGUUCACCUGUCACACAGCCUUCUUUGUCAGCAUUGUGGUGGUGCAGUGGGCUGACGUCAUCAUUUGCAAGACCAGACGCAACUCUGUGUUCCAGCAGGGCAUGAAAAAUAAGAUCCUGAUCUUUGGUCUGUUUGAGGAAACAGCUCUGGCUGCCUUCCUCUCUUAUUGCCCAGGCAUGGACGUGGCUCUUAGGAUGUACCCACUCAAGCCGAGCUGGUGGUUCUGUGCAUUCCCAUACAGUUUCCUAAUCUUUGUUUAUGACGAGAUCCGAAAACUCAUCUUGCGCCGCAACCCAGGAGGUUGGGUUGAAAAGGAAACCUACUAUUAAAUUAUCAAUUCAUUCUUUACUCUACAUUCAGUCCCUGUUUCCUGCACCCAUCCCUGUCUUUCUUCUUGUCUCUCUCUCCCUCCUUCACCUUCUUCUUAUUCCCUCUUAUUCUAUACAACUAUAAGAUAACCCACAAAAAGGACCAUCAUUCCCCAUGUUACAUUCCUUCAUCAAAAUCAAUCAAACAGAAAAUGUCAAGAGGAUGCGAGGACCAACAACGAAGGAGUCCACCCUCCUUUCUCUCCAA